AAAUUCUCACAAUUUUACAUCACCCCAAAACACACACACACAUUCAGACCACUCUCUCUCUUUCUAGAGCGAUCACUCAUGGCAGCCAUGAACUCAAGCGUAUUGGCUUGCAAUUAUGGGGUUUCGGGGGCCGUAUCGGCUACCGAGGCCAAUUGGAAGCCCCUCAUCUCAUCUGCUGCCUCUCCCGUUUCGGGUUCGCCAUCGGGAUCAAAGGUUAUGAGUGUUAGAGCCCAAGCCUCGGCUGUGAGCUUAGACAAGGAAGAGAAGUGUGCAGGUGGGAGGAGAGCCGCGAUGUUGUGCUUGGCAGCUGCACUUUUCGCCACCACCACCGUCGCCGCGACUGAUGCUAACGCAGGGGUCAUAGAUGACUAUUUGGAGAAAAGCAAGCUUAACAAGGAACUUAACGACAAGAAGAGGUUGGCCACAAGCGGUGCAAACUUCGCACGUGCCUAUACUGUUGAGUUUGGCACGUGCAAGUUCCCAGAGAAUUUCACCGGCUGCCAUGACCUCGCCAAGCAAAAGAAAGUGCCUUUCUUGACAGAUGACUUGCAACUUGAGUGCGAAGGAAAGGAUAAGUUCAAGUGCGGUUCCAAUGUCUUCUGGAAAUGGUAGAAAAAGAAAAGAAUAAUUAAAUAUUCAUUGAACAUGUAAUCUGCAUCGUUUCUUUUACUUUCUUCUCUGUAAUGUAUCUCUUUUCUCUCUUUUCCCUUCCUUGUAUCAAAUCUUGCGUCAUCAAAUGCUACUGUAGUGGUUUGCCAUACUGAAAUAAAAAGAAAAUGAAAAUGCGAAGCUUUUAACA